AUGAACACUUCCCCUUUUCUCGCACUGGUCUCUCGUCACGUCUGUGGCUCCAAACCAAUCCGCUUCCAAGCUAUCCGUCCCUCUGUCGCUCGAUUGUUUUUCACCACCACUCGAUCCAAUGCAUCCCAAUAUUCCUCCCCGACACCCUCCUACGGGUCGUCGGAAAUGCUCAAACGACGCUACCAAAAGACUCCUAGCCUGACUGACGAGCAAAAAGCCGAGCGAGCAAACAUAAUUAAACGCAUGCGUUGGUCUGCAUAUGGCAUUGCCCUAUGCACGUUGGCCAUUUUUGGCACAAUAGCCAUGUAUCCAAACCCGCGGCAGAAGAAAGAAGACCAGCAAGAGAAUGCCUCGGAUAAAACGAAAGUUGCGCAAUUGGAUGCGCCGCCAUCAAUAGCAGACACAAUCGAGUCUGCCGGCAAGGCACCUGAGGUCGAACAAAUUCCUACCGGAACAUCGACUAUUCCAACUUUCCCAAAGACUAUUUAUAUCACCUCCGACCCACCUAGCUCUACCCCUGCGGCUGCGAAUGAAGGAACACAGAAAGAAGUGGAAUACCAGCUCGUGGGCCUGGGAGUUCGAACUGUGUCGAUUCUCGGCAUUCAAGUCUACGUGGUCGGCCUCUACAUCGCAGUCAGUGAUGUCGCAGCUCUACAGGAACGACUGGUACAUUCCGUGGCGGACCCUGUAGCCACAACUCUCGUCCCAAGCGAGAAAUCUCAACUGCGGGAACUUCUCCUCGACCCGGACCGUGGUGAAGAGAUCUGGAACAACAUCCUCAAAGAUGGGCAUGUGCGUACUGCCUUCCGAAUCGCCCCCACUCGCAAUACAGACUUUAUGCAUCUUCGUGAUGGGUUCGUGAGAGGAAUAACAGCACGGAGCGCUCAUUUCGCGAGUGCCAGGAAUGACACUUCAUUCCAGGACGACACGUUCGGAGCAGCCCUCAGUGACUUCAAGCAAGCCCUCGGCGGUGGAGCCAGACGGAAACUUCCUCGCGGCGAGAUGCUGCUUUUGGCCCGUGACGCCCAGGGUAAAAUGACAGUGUGGAACGAAGACAAACGCGGUCAUCGUUUGAAAAUGGGUGAGGUCUCUGAUGAAAGAGUCGGCAGGCUCCUGUGGUUGAACUAUCUCGCUGGCCACAAUGUGAGUAGUGAGCCUGCUAGGCAGAGCGUGAUCGAUGGUGUCAUGGAAUUUGUCGAACGACCAGUUGGCACUCUUGCCACGCAAGUGGUUUAG